AUGGCUUUGCCCAGUGGCCGCAGGUUCAAGAGUCCCAAGACACUGGCUUUCUUUCUAGUGGGUGUGACUUUCGUGGUACUGAACCAGUGGUUCCUCCAGGAGCACACGCAGGAGAAAGCCAAGGGUCCCACGGUGGCCACUCCCCGGUCUUCCGCAGCUGCGGUGCAGCAUUCUCCGCUCCUCCAGGUGCCCCCCUGCGUGGCCAACGCCUCAGUGAACCUCCUGGCUGGUUUCCAGCAGCUGCCUGCUAGGAUCCAAGACUUCCUGCGCUACCGCCACUGCCGCCGCUUUCCGCAACUGUGGGACGAGCCGCACAAGUGCGCGGGCCCCCAUGGCGUCUUCCUGCUGCUGGCGGUGAAGUCGUCGCCUGCGCACUACGAGCGGCGCGAGCUGAUCCGGCGCACGUGGGGCCAGGAGCGCAGCUACAGCGGCCGGCAGGUGCGUCGCCUCUUCCUGGUGGGGACCUCCCCUCCCGACGAGGCGGCUCGCGAGCCUCAGCUGACCGAUCUGCUGAGCCUGGAGGCGCGCGAGCACGGCGACGUGCUGCAGUGGGACUUCAGUGACACCUUCCUGAACCUCACACUCAAGCACCUGCACCUGCUCGAUUGGACAGCGGAGCACUGCCCAGGCGUGAGCUUCCUGCUCAGCUGCGACGACGACGUCUUCGUGAACACCGCCAACGUGCUGCACUUCCUGGAGAUACAGUCGCCAGAGAAGCACCUCUUCGCCGGGCAGCUUAUGGUUGGUUCUGUGCCCAUCCGCGAAAGCUGGAGCAAGUACUUUGUGCCCCAACAGCUCUUCCCCGGAGAAGCCUACCCUGCGUACUGCAGCGGCGGCGGCUUCCUUCUGUCUCGCCGCACAGCCCGCGACCUACGCAGCGCGGCCCAGCACGUCCCGCUCUUCCCCAUCGACGACGCCUACAUGGGCAUGUGUCUGCAGAAGGCCGGCCUGGCGCCCAGCAGCCACGAGGGCAUCCGGCCCUUCGGCGUGCAGCUGCCCGGGGUGCAGCGCUCAUCCUUUGAUCCCUGCCUGUACCGCGAGCUGCUGCUGGUGCACCGCUUUGCGCCGUAUGAGAUGCUGCUCAUGUGGAAGGCGCUGCACAACCCGGCGCUGCACUGUAGCCACAGACACAAUGCAGCGUCCCCCACCGCCAGAGGACAGCUGAACCCCGAGGCACACUGAUGUCACCUUGAGGAUGGAUCUGGAAAAUACUAUAUCCUAGUACAUGUUCCGGACCUCAACUUCAGGGGUUCUGGGCUUAUUGGUCAGGAGUGGCUUCAAACAUGUAGGUGGCGUUUUUCUUGUUUUAAGGCCACUCCAAGACCACAGGGCUGGGAAUAUCUAUCUGUUCAUCCUCACACACCAGCCUGCCAGGGCAUCUGUCUUCUAUCCUCCAUUCCUCGUGAGCAGCGAGAGAGAGACAUGGCGGCCACGAUCAAUGUCAGCUGUCAAAUGCAGCGCAAUUGUGAGCGAUCAUUUCUACUGUUUGCUCCACCA